GGUGUGCGGCAAACGAUCAGCUGAUAAACCGAUGGCAGGUGAGCGGCGGCAGGAUGGACUUUAUUCCCAUACUGUACUGACUAACCAUGAAAGCAAGGACAAGAGUGAAUCGUGAAGGAACUCUGAUGUCGCAAGAACCCGUCAGUUAACCCAGGGAACAUUAUGAUAAGCAAUAAAGGAUGACCCGGCGACUACAGUACAAAGGGCCCUGAUGGCUUAUCUGGCCCACCAUCCCUUCCCCCUUAGGACCCAGCCACUCGCGAGAAACAAAGAACAUGUCACACAGUGUCUAACGUCUAAGAUAUAUCAAAGUUGAAGCGCGUGUUCGUGAUGGCAAGAGGAGCAACAGUCGGCCAGGGGAGCAAUGCAUGCUUUUGGAAGUCGCCCUGUCAGCGGGCGACUGUCAGACGUCCUCCAAGGUGGGCGGGCCUCCUUCCAACAGUACAAGCAGUGGCGUCUGGAAGGCAGUAGGAGUGAGUGAGCGAGUGAGUGUGAACCAGCGAGUGAGAGGCGGUGAGGCGAGGCGCGCGGGAGGGAGGCAGUAUUACUUGGCCAUGGCGGAGGCGAAGAAGGAUUUGCUGCGCCAGAUACCACGUGUGAAGCUGUGGCUGGUGCUGACGCUAACCCUGGCCUUCACCGCGGUGUUGCUCGUGGCGGCCCACCUCACGCACUCCCUCGCCCUGCGCGUCGAGGCCUACCACGCCCUCUACAAUGUCCUCACCCUCUGCGGCUGUCUGCUGGCCAUGAAGGUGAGCUCCGGACCCCAGUCGCUGCACAACACGUUCGGGUGGGCGCGGCUGGAAGUGCUAUCCAUGCUGUUCACUCUGCUCUUCCUCACCGCCCUCUGCUUCAGUGUGUCCAUCGACUCCGUGCAGACUGCCCUUCACGUAGGCCACCAGGAUGCCAUGCACCACCCUCUCCCCGUGUUGGCCCUGGGCGGUGGGGGUCUGGCUCUCAACGCCCUGGUCUUCUGUCUCAUUGGCGGCUACACGCACCACCAAGGCUGCUUCCUGGAGAUGCGGGAUUCGGGCAGCGUUUGGGUGGGCAGGCAGGUGACGCAGGAGGCGGUACAGGCGGGGCGGCGUACUCUCUCCAGCGACGCCUUGGCUCGGGGCAGGAGUCACAGAGCGCGGCAAAUCUGCAAAGAGGUGGUGCGCGACACGUGUGGGCUGGUGAUCAUGAUGGUGUGUGCUGCAGUGGUACACUGGGACAACGGUGGUGUGGUGGCGCUCUACAUAGAUCCUGCCUUGGCCGUCACCUCUGCAGCGCUCCUCAUCUGGCUCAGUCACCCCUAUGGUAAGGAGUGCUGCCACAUCCUGCUGCAGACCAUCCCGGGGCACAUCGACGUGGAAGACUUCCAUGGCCGCGUCAUGAAGGAGUUUCCGGCCAUCGUCAACGUCCACCACCUUCACAUCUGGACCCUCACUCCCAGCAAGGUGGUGGCGACGGCUCACGUGGUGUUCGUCUGUCCGCGCGUCUAUCUCGCUACCAAGGACGCCCUCCGCCAAUUCUUCCUGGACGAGGGCAUCACGCAUGUGACCAUUCAGCCUGAGUGCCUCACCACCAACACGGGCACACUGGAGGUGGAGGAUCCCUCGGCGUGCCUGCUGCGGUGCAAGUUCGAACAGUGCUUCGAGAGGGAGUGCUGUAAGUCCUGCUCUCCGCACGCCCAUCUCUCCUCCGUCAGUAGUUCGGGUGGCAUGCGACACACAGGCACGCCAGCGCCAUCUGCAGGUGAAGCUAGCUGUAGCGGUGCCGCGUCUCAUGAAUGCGAGGCCGUCAAGGAACAGGAUACACCGAGAGCAGGUGGCGAGAAUGAGGUGAGCGGCGCCGUGGGAACCCUAGCCUGUGAACUAGAGAGGGAGACAGACGCGGCCACGGCACCACCAGACACAUCCCAUGACGCACUGCUGUCAAAGGAGACUAUGGCACUGCAAGACCUCGGUGCUGGGGCGUGUGAGGCCAGUCAGCCAGCGGAAGUCCCACGUAAAGAAAAAACAGUUGUGUUUGCCUCCCUGAAGGGAGAACACGAGGUAGAGAAGCCAUCGCAUCCGUCCCCCGCUCAGGAUGUCACGGUGGAGCAAGUGGACCGUCUCGGGGAGCAAGAUGGCGCAGCGAGGACCAGGGCACGGAUCACCACUGCUGGAGUGUCACCUGAGGAGGAACCCACGGACAGGACGUGUCUUCUGGAGCACCGCUGCUGAGGGAGGGAGUGCCUGGCGGAGGGCUGCAGGUACUCAGUAGUAGAUAGCUUAGUGGAAGUCACGCGUAGUUCGUAGUUAAGUGGAUUUCUGUGUCACGAAAAUCUCAUUUUGGCGGAUAGAAGUUAAUGUGGUGAUUUACUUGAUGUGAUGUGUGCGGCUGUUGUGCGUCAGUAUCUGUGUUGACUGUGCGAGACUUGCAUAAUGUGAAGCAGGAUGGUGGCGGCGCACUGGACUUGUUUGUAGUGUGUAGGGUGGCAGGCCGUGACGCAGUGAGGAGCUGUGACGCUCUCUCUUUGUUUGUAUGACGUGGAAGCGAGGCGUAUGUGGCGUACGUGGCGCCGCAGUGGUGUGUGCUAUGCUUUGCUGUGUUGUGGUGAACCUCGUGGGCUGUGAGAGGAAGGUUGUGCUGCGCUAGAGGUAAAGUUUUCUUCUAAUAAAUAUUAAACUUGUACUUGACAAUAUAUGAUUUCCACUGAGGUGUGUCGGGAAGAAAACGACUUCCUCAUAAGGUGCUAACGAAAACGGGAAAUUCUCUGCGAUGUGUUCACCUUACGCUUCUUUUAUUGGCAGGGAUACCUGAGUAUGUUUUCCUUACUCAGGUUUUAUUUCGAUAUCCUGCUUUUUUUCUUGAUACUUUUUUCAUACAAUUUUACCAUUUCUAUUAAGAUACAUGUGUAGACUAAGCCGUUCUCUGAGACUUUGUUUGUCUCGAUAAAAAAAAAAAAAAAAAUGUAGCGUUUUCAAGACAACAUCCAUAACACUCUAUCCCUCAGCUUGAGUUAUGGUGUUGUAGGACUCGUGUGUUCUGUAACUUUUUUCUACUGGGAUGGUUUGUCAGGAUUCUAAGCUCGUUUUUAGUUGCUCAAUGUUUUCUUCAUCCAUCACCACCACCAUGGACGCGUCCUUGAGAACCCAAUUAAUUUUACUAUAAGACAAGUAUUGGUGAUAUCAAAUUACUAUUUUUAAUGCUACAGGAAAAACUAGCCAGGUUUUCAGGCUUGUUUUUCUUAACAGUGCUUAGUUUUCAUAUACAACUAAUAUGAACAUGUCUUUGAGAACCCAAAUAGCUUUCACAAGAAGCCAAACACUCAAGUGGUAUUUUCAAAGACUACAGGAAUUUUUGACCAGAUUUCCAUGCUUGUUUCCCUAAGAAUGCUUAUCUUUUCUUCAGCUGCCAUUAGCUUCAUGAAUAAGCACUUGAGAACCUUAAUAGUUUUCAGUAUAAGCAAUAAGUGGUCAGAGCUUUUGAAAAUACGUUUCCAACCUUACAAAGAAAGCUGUUUUGCUUCUCAGUUUGUUAAUUUCUCGUAUUGUGCUGUACAAAAAGCUUAUUUUAUUGUCCUCCAAACUUGUCUGUAAAAAAAAAAAGAAAUAGAUAAAAGUAGAAGUAAAUAGGGUAAUGAUAAAUGUAGUAACACAAAAUCAAAAUAGAUAAGUAAAUGAAUAAAUGAAUAGAUAGGUAGCUAGAAGAAUAGUAACAAUUUCAGGAUUUCACACCUUACAACUAAUUCUAAAACUUUAUCCGGGAAUUUGAAAUUUUUACGUAGGUCUUGAUUUUAACAGACUGUAGUGAAAAUAUUGGGUUUUCUAAGGUGUUUUCAUGAUUCUUGUUAGAGUUUAGUAAGGAUUCUGAAUUACCAAUGGCGAAAAUACAUGAAAAACUGGUUAAUCUUCUCUGUAGCUUGUAAAAAUUCCUGAUGAGAACCAAAAGUGCUUGAAAAAUAAGGGUCAUAAGUUCCAAUAAGUGACAAUGAAUGAUAACAUUAAGAAUUCUGAUGAUAACGGUAAAUAAUGAUGGUGAAGAUGAUGACGACGAUGAUGAGAAUGUUGAAUAGUAUUAAUAAUGAGAAAAAAAAUGAACAACAGUACGCGGUGAGAAAGUAAACAAAAAAGAAAAUAGUAAAAAGAAUAAGAUGAAAAUUCUAAUGUUGAUAAAUGAAGAUACUACUACUACUACUACUACUACUACUACUACUACUACUACUACUACUACUACUACCACCACCACCACUACCACCACUACUACUACUAAUGAUAAUAAUAAUAAAAAUGAUAAUAAUAAUAAUAAUAAUAAUAAAAGGGAUGACAACAAUAUGCAGCAAAGAAAGCAAGCAAAUUAAACCAAGAAAAUAAUAGGAAAGAUAAAGGAAAAGCAAGUCAUUGUACUAGAAUAAGAUUUUUUCCGAUCGACCUCCGCUUGUAAUUCUGCACGUCGCUUUUUCCAACAAACGGUGAAUGGUGA